CUCUGACUUUAAUGUCGCGGAUGAAUCCUGAAAGAAGAAGCAGGAGAAAAAAACACGCUCCAAUCCAUGAAAAAUAACGCUUCCCUAUUGGCUGGAUCACCGUGCACAUGCUGUAACAACAGGAUAUGCACGAGCUAUGGGCUGAUCUAUUAGCCUAUCAUGUUUUUCGCAUGCAUUUUGACAAACACAUGAGAUGUGGUCACUCCAUCAUUGAUAAAAUCAACAGUUCUGUUUAAUAUUUCGUGGUUGUGUUGGUGAUGGAUCAGCCUCCGCGCUCAGAGAGGAGCUGACGGCUCCUUUGUGUCCCUGCACACUUUCACCUGUGUAGUAAAGCCUCUGAAGAAUGUUCAAGUAUCGGAUCCGGAUGUUUUUCAAUGAACUGAAAGUGUUGCUGUUGAUGCGCUCUGGAUCAAGCAGGAGGACUGACGCCGAGCAGGACGUGCGGACCGGGAUGCGAGGGCUCGGUUUAGGAGGUUGUGGCUGGCCGCCGUUGAACUGCUCUCACCGGGACGAUGAGGAGGAAUAUUACGGCACUGACCCCCGGCCCCGGAGCCUGGCGUUUGAAGACAAAGAGCCCAAAGCGCACGGAGGCCUGGACGCCGCGUCCCUCCCGAGUCUGUGUGAGAGCGGGACGCGCUCCCCGCAGUGCCGCAUCUGCUUCCAGGGACCAGAGAAGGGAGAGCUGUUGAGCCCGUGUCGCUGUGAUGGUUCUGUGCGCUGCACACAUCAGUCCUGUCUGAUCCGCUGGAUCAGUGAAAGAGGAUCCUGGAGCUGUGAGCUGUGCUACUUCAAGUACCAGGUCCUGGCCAUCAGUACCAAAAACCCUUUGCAGUGGCAGGCCAUCUCUCUGACUGUCAUUGAGAAGGUGCAGAUUGCAGCCAUUAUCCUGGGUUCUUUGUUCCUCAUUGCCAGUAUCUCCUGGUUGACAUGGUCCUCUGUCAGUCCCUCAGCCAAGUGGCAGCGCCAGGACCUUCUCUUCCAGAUAUGUUAUGGCAUGUACGGAUUCAUGGACAUAGUAUGUAUAGGCCUUAUCAUUCACGAGGGAUCGUCUGUUUACCGGAUCUUUAAGCGCUGGCAGGCUGUGAACCAGCAGUGGAAAGUGUUGAACUAUGAAAAAGCGAAAGACUUGGGAGAAGCUGUCAGUUCCAGCAGUAAGGGGGCUGCUCGUGCAGAGAGGAGCCCUUCACACCCUGCGGGUGUCACACACAGCGGACAGAGGACAAGUCAACAUGUUAGGACUAUUCUGAGCCACUACUGUGGCUACACCAUUUUACAUAUCCUCAGCCAGUUACGACCCAACAACCUCCAUGGCAACAACCACGAGGUGGUUAUGAGAGUGACCACUGUAUGAGGCUUUGCGCAUUGAAGUGCUCCAGAACUGGCUGGGGAUUUUGGAUUUAAUAGAACAAGUAUUUUCAAUCUGCAACACAAACACUGCCUUUAAUUUACAGUCAAUUUGAGAUUCUCCCUGAGGAAAUAAAAAAUAUGCAGAAAACUCACUAUGGAAACAUGUUACCUCUGAGAUGUGGGCAAAGGGAGGACAGACCAGUUUUACUUGAUUGUCUAAUGAUGAUUACUGAAGCUAUGGCCCAUUUUUUAAAAUGUCAAACCAUUAAAUUGUAAAUUGUUGAUCCUAAUAGACAUUUUUCAAGUAAAAACAAUUUUUAAUCCCAAUAAUGUGACCACCACAACAAUCCCCACCCACCCUGUAUCAACCUAAUUUAUGCAGUUAUUCCUGAGAGUCAGGUGUAAUCUCAUAAAACUCUUUGUACUCAGUGCAAUACAGAUGGAUCAGACAUUUAAAAAACCCAGUGCUGUACCUUUGAUC